CAAAGUAUCUAACCACUAAACUUAAAGGAAAUCAUCGACCCAGCUCAAAUUGUCCAACUUUACAUAGGCUCAUGUGGAGGUUAAAGAUCGGAAAGGGAAAUGGAGAAGACCCUUACUUGUUCAGCAGCAACAACUUUGUCGGACGUCAAACAUGGGAGUUUGAUCCCAAAGCCGGCACACUAGAGGAACGAGCCACUGUUGAGGAAGCUCGCAGGAGUUUCUUGGUCAACCAUUCCCGUGUUAAAGGUUGCAGUGAUCUCUUGUGGCGAAUGCAAUUUUUGAAAGAGGCUAAAUUCAAGCAAGUGAUCCCGCCGGUGAAGAUUGAUGACGCCGAAGGCAUAACGCAUGAAAAUGCAACGGAUGCAUUACGGAGAGGAGUUUCUUUCUUCUCGGCUUUGCAGACCUCCGAUGGCCACUGGCCGGGAGAAAUCACCGGACCUCUCUUCUUCCUUCCUCCAUUGGUAUUUUGUUUGUAUAUCACAGGACAUCUCGAGAAGGUAUUCGAUGAAGAACAUCGCAAAGAGAUGCUUCGACAUGUCUAUUGUCAUCAGAACGAAGAUGGUGGAUGGGGAUUACACAUUGAGAGCAAGAGCAUUAUGUUCUGCACCGUGUUGAAUUACAUUUGCUUGCGUAUGCUCGGAGAAGGUCCUAAUGGAGGACGAGAAAACGCGUGUAAACGGGCUAGACAAUGGAUUCUUGAUCGUGGUGGUGUGACCUAUAUUCCGUCCUGGGGGAAAAUUUGGCUAUCGAUACUAGGAAUCUAUGAUUGGUCCGGAACCAAUCCAAUGCCUCCUGAGAUCUGGUUGCUACCUUCUUUCCUUCCAAUGCACUUAGCAAAAACUUUGUGUUACUGCCGGAUGGUUUACAUGCCCAUGUCGUAUCUGUACGGGAAGAGGUUUGUUGGUCCAAUAACACCUCUUAUUCUGCAACUGCGUGAAGAACUCUAUUUAGAACCUUACGAAGCAAUCAACUGGAAUAAAACACGGCGUCUUUACGCAAAGGAAGACAUGUAUUUUCCCCAUCCUAUGAUUCAAGAUUUGAUAUGGGACGCUCUUUACAUCUUUGUGGAGCCGUUCCUUACCCGUUGGCCAUUAAACAAGCUUGUGAGGGAAAAGGCUCUUCGGCUGGCAAUGAAACACAUACAUUACGAAGACGAGAAUAGCCAUUAUAUCACUAUCGGAUGUGUUGAGAAGGUAUUGUGCAUGCUUGCUUGUUGGAUUGAAAACCCGAAUGGAGACUACUUCAAAAAGCAUCUUGCUAGAAUACCGGAUUACAUGUGGGUCGCGGAAGAUGGAAUGAAAAUGCAGAGCUUUGGAAGUCAACUAUGGGAUACAGGGUUUGCGGUUCAAGCUAUACUUGCUUGUGAUCUCUCGGGUGAAACUGGUGAUGUACUUAAGAGAGGACAUGAUUACAUUAAGAAAUCUCAGGUUAGAGAGAAUCCUUCUGGUGACUUUAAGAGCAUGUACCGCCACAUAUCGAAAGGAGCAUGGACUUUAUCUGAUCGAGAUCAUGGAUGGCAAGUUUCAGACUGUACAGCAGAAGCUUUGAAGUGUUGCCUGCUGCUUUCUAUGAUGCCAGCUGAGGUGGUUGGCCACAAAAUAGAUCCCGAACAACUAUACGAUUCGGUUAAUCUCUUGCUAUCUUUUCAGAGUGAGAAUGGAGGUGUGACUGCAUGGGAGCCUAUCCGUGCAUAUAAAUGGAUUGAAUUGCUCAAUCCCACAGAAUUUCUGGCUAAUCUUGUGGCCGAGCGUGAAUACGUGGAAUGUACAUCAGCUGUUAUACAAGCUUUGGUUCUGUUCAAGAAAUUCUAUCCGGAUUACAAGACAAAAGAGAUCAGCAGGUCCAUCGAGAAAGCGGUGCAUUUCUUGGAAAACGAACAAAGGUCGGAUGGUUCAUGGUAUGGAAAUUGGGGUGUUUGUUUCAUUUAUGGCACAUGGUUUGCUCUUGGCGGCCUAGCAGCCGCGGGUGAAACAUAUAAAACUAGCCAAGCAAUGCGUAAAGGUGUUGAAUUCUUACUCAGGACACAGAAAGAUGAUGGAGGUUGGGGUGAAAGCUAUCUGUCAUGCCCGGAACAGAGAUAUAUACCAUUAGAAGGGAAAAGAUCCAACCUGGUGCAAACCGCUUGGGCAAUAAUGGGGUUGAUUCACGCUGGACAGGCUGAGAGAGAUCCAAUACCACUUCACCGUGCUGCGAAACUUAUUAUCAAUUCGCAAAUGGAAAAUGGAGAUUUCCCUCAACAGGAAAUAGUAGGAGUGUUCAUGAGGAACUGCUUGAUACACUAUGCUACCUACAGAAACACUUUCCCAUUAUGGGCACUUGCUGAGUACAGAAAAGCUGCGUUCUUGGGAUGAUUACACAAGUCGCUUCUAAUAAGGCUUGCCAACGGUCAAAUAUAUAUAGUAAAUGUGAUCACGUCUUGUAAUAGUGUAAUUGUUUCUUCUAUUGUGGCUGAGUAAUUAUUAUUAACUAUCAUUAGAGUAUAAGAUGAACUUGGUAUGGUAAGAAGUUUGUUGGUCCAAAUAACACAUUUUAUUUUGC